GCUGUGUGGCUGAAGACCGUGGCUGCAUGCCCAAUCGACUGGCAGCGUAGUCUUUCCGUCCUGGGUUUUCCUGAGCCAUUGCGGGACCAGGUCUCCGCAAACGUUCGGAUUGCAGCAUCGGGUCGUGGAAGCAACUGGCCCAGCGCCCUGCACAUCCUGCAAGAGAUGCGGUGUUUGCGGCUGUUGCCAGAUGCUUACAGCCGCAACAGUGCUUUAGAUGCUUGCAAAGCAUUCGAAGGAUGCUGGGCAGUGACAACCGACUUGCUGCGAUUUCUAGAUGACACGAUAGCAACAGAUGUCGUCGGCUGCAGUGCGGCUGUGACAUCCAUGGCUCGUUCCAUUCAGUGGGGCUUUGCCUCGGCCUUGCUCGAAGCAUCGAUGUCUCACGCUGUGCGACCGAACAUCCCAUGCUUCUCUGCCUUGCUGACGGCCUACGAACGUUGCAGUGCCUGGCGUCGAGCGCUGGCCUCCUCUGCGGAUGCCGAUGCGAUUACGGCAGGCACUCUGACGAGCUCGCUAGGAAAGGCGUCGGAGUGGCAGCGUGCAGCGGCGCAUGUGUGUGGGAUGCUGCCGCAAGCACUCGUGCCUGAUCCCGUAUGCUUUGCCACGGCCAUGAGUGCAUUCAAAGAGGGCAGGCAGUGGAGCCGCUCGCAGGACACCCUGAAUGUGCUGCGUUUGCAGGUGGCCCCAACAGCCCCAAGUAACGUCUACCACUUGCUAGUGAGUGCUUUGCGGGAUCAAUGGGUGCGCGCUUUGCAUUGGUUACUUGAGAUGGGGACAGAAGGCGUCCGGUCUCACCUACCAUGUCGGAACGCCGUCAUCAGCGUUUGCGAUGCAGCUUCCAAGUGGAAGAAGGCUGGUCACAUGCUGCGGGGACUUCCGGUCGCCAGUCUCGAGCUUGACAUCAUCGGGGCCAAUGCUGCUGUGGGAGCUUGCCGUGAAUCCUGGGAGCACGCCGCCCAGCUCUGCCUUCAGCACCGUCAGGAGGGCAUUCGUGUAGAUUCGAUCAGCUUUGCCAGCCUGGCAGCGGCGCUUAAGCCAGCGUGGAGUACAGCGGUGGAUCUCUUAAGGUCCGCACGCCCAUUGCUGACGGAGAUCAUCCUAAACCUUGUCAUAAGCACGGGGCAGCAGUCAGAGUUCUUUGCUUGGGCUCAGUCCACGCUGCUGCUGCAUGAGUUCGCAUCCAAGCGCGUGCGUCGCAAUGUCAUCAGCUUCAAUGCAGCGAUUGGCAGCUGCGCGGGCAAGUGGCAGGUGUCUCUCCGUUUGCUGGACCUGUUGAAAAAAACAUCGGCCUCAUGCACUAUGGUUUCUUUUGGCGCUGUAGUCAGCGCAUGUGAGAAGGGGGCGGUCUGGGAAGCGGCGCUGGAUCUGUUGCAAAGGAGUCGUGCUCAUCCGUCGGUCAGCAUCAGUGACAUCACCUGCAAUGCUGCUAUCAGCGCAUGCGAGAAGCGAGGUCUGUGGCGAACAGGUCUCGCUCUCCUUCGGGGCAUGGAUCACUUUGAUCUGGUCAAUGACAUCAGCUUCAAUGCUGUGCUUGGAGCAUGCCAUCGCUGUAUCCUUCACUCGAGGCCGACAACAUGA